AUGUCCGGAAAAGUCUACUUCAUCUCAGGUGCCAAUCGUGGUAUUGGUUAUGAAUUAACCAAACAAUUAUCAUCAAUCUCUGCAACAGCUCGUGAUCCUGCUUCAGCUUCUGACUUACAACAAUUAUCCAAAUCAAAUUCUAAUGUUCAAGUUGUUAAGCUUGAUGUUGCUGAUGAAAAAUCAUUUGAACAAUUAGAUGAUCAAUUAAAAAACAUUGCUACAAAUGGUAUUGAUGUCUUAAUUUCAAAUGCUGGUAUUUUAGAUGCUUUUAAACCUUUAUUAGAAACUUCAAAAGAAUCAUUCAUCAAUAACUUUAAUGUCAAUUCUGUUGGUCCAAUUCUCUUAGUUAAAGCUCUUUAUAAAUAUUUGGAAAAAUCUCAAACUAAGCAAAUUGCUUUUGUUUCAAGUUUAGCUGGUUCUAUUAGUAAUUAUUUCCCAUUCAGUACAUCUGCUUAUGGUCAAUCAAAAGCUGCCUUGAAUUAUGCUGUUAAAGAAUUUAGCUUUGAAUUGGGAUCUGAAGGUUAUACUGUUGUUGCUUUACAUCCAGGUACUGUUUCAACUGAUGUGAGUAAAACUGUUUUUUCUUAUUUUGUUGAAAAGAAUUCAGAAAUAUUAGAAGCUUUUAAAGAUUUUGAAAGUUUAACUCCUGAAGAAAGUGCUAAAAGAUUAUUGAAAAAUGUUAAUAAUUUAUCAAAAGAAUCAAAUGGUAAAUUUUUUGAUGAUAAUGGUAAUGAAGUUUCAUUUUAG